CGUUUUCUCAAAACGCCUCGCUGGCACUCUCUCUCUUGUCUCUCUCCAAACGCAUUUCUAACAGUCUGAUUCCUCUGUCCCUCUGUCUCCAGUUUCUGUCUAUCCAAACGACCAUCUUUCUCGGUCUUUCUCCCUUUCACGCAAUCUUUUUCUCUUUUCUCCAUCUCGCAAUAUCUCUCGUCCCCCCCUUCCAUGUUUUCGUUCUGCUUUGAAACAACAACAAGCCAAAUAGCCAAUCAGAGAGCAGCUUCAGUCUGAAUCAUGGUGCCUUGUGCUGCAGGGGCGGAUUUGUGAUAUAAACAUGCCUGAAGUUCCAUCUAUGGAGAGCUCGAGCGGGCAGCGAUCAGAAAAGACGCCAAGCAAAAGGACGCUAGAGAACGCAGACAAUUACAGCGCUAAAAGGAAAACACGCUGCUGGGGUAUUUUAACUAGCCAAGGGUCCUGGGCGGACCGGUCUCCCCUCCACGAGGCAGCGUGUCAGGGUCGUCUCCUGGCCCUACGGACCCUACUCUCCCAGGGCUACAGCGCGGACAUCCCCACCAUAGACCACGUGACACCGUUGCACGAGGCUUGCCUGUCGGACCACGCGUCAUGUGCCAGGGCUCUAAUCGAAGCAGGGGCCAAUGUCAACGCCACCACCAUUGAUGGCGUGACGCCGCUGUUCAAUGCCUGCUCGGCGGGCAGCGUCACCUGCGCGGUGUUGCUGUUGGAAAACGGCGCAAAGCCCCAGUCGGAGAUAAGCCAACCGUCGCCCAUACACGAGGCGUCCAGCAGAGGCAAAAUUGCAUGUCUGGAGGCCCUGAUUACGUGGGGAGCAGACGUGAACUACGACAUUCCUCACCUGGGGACCCCACUGUACAUGGCCUGCAUCUCCGCCGAUCUACAGGGCACACAGAAACUCCUCGACGGAGGGGCCGAUGUGCGGAAGGGGAGGUCACUAGAGAGCCCGCUCCAUGCUGCCGCUCAGAAUGACUGUACUGAGAUCAUAAACGUGCUGUUAGAGUUCGGAGCGAACAUCAACGCUAAGAACGUAGAGCUGAAGAGACCGGUGGAAUCGGCACCACCAAACAGCUCUGCGGAAGAGCUGUUACUACUGUACGAAGCAACACCCCAGUUGCUCCGUCAGCUGUGUCGUCUUAGUAUCAGAGACUACCUGGGCCGUUCACGACUUCACCUCAUCCCACAGUUGCACCUCCCAAACCUUCUCAAACGUUACUUACAGUACAGAUAGAAUAAAAUAACUCUUUAUCUCUAUGUAUCUCAGUAAGUCUUUCUGUAUUUCUCUGUUCCUCCCUCUGUUUUUCCCAAACGUGCUUUUAAAAAGUGCAUUUGUUAGUCAGACAUUGAAAAAAAGGUUGUUUUACUCAGCAUCCCUCAGGGACAGAGAAUUCCUCCCAUUCACUGAAAUCAUUUUCUAAUGACUCUCUGAAUCACCUGCCCGCAUAAUCAAUUAAAAUGUUUAAUUUUGUAACAUUUACAAAACAUCUUCAAAAUGGAUUGAUAUAGUGUGAGUUAUAAUCUCUCAAAUAUCACUGCAAAGCUGGAAAAGCAUCUCUUUGCAUUCUUUAACCAUUCAUUUCUUUUACGAUAUUUAGAUCCACUUCAAAUAAGGUCAGUUUCAUCUAGGCUUGCACCACCUCGCCUUUUUGAUAACUGUGUAAAUAUCUACAGGACAAGUUGAGUUUUAUCAAUAUUGGCUAAAUAUAAGGGAAUAUAUUUUUUGUAGAGGUCUUUAAGUUAAUAAAAAAAAAACAUCAACCUGUCCUGACAAGUUUUUCACAGUUAUGCCGAGCCAGGGUAAGCCUAAAUUAAUGGUUAAAUGCGUUAAGAAUCUGUUUUACAUUUCCCUGCUAGUUUUUUCACAUUUCCUCCCUAAUCCCCCUGGAUUCAUGGGAAUAAUGACAGGUUGUCUGUUUCAGUCUAUAACGAAAUAUUUUCAGCAAAAUUGUGUUAUGCUGUAAGUCUUUGUUAAAUUGACACAACCACUGAAGUAAGUCAUUGUAAUCUUUAGUCCAACUGGUUAGAAACCUUUUCCAGAUAUCUGUAAAUAUAUGUUUUGUGUUAUAAGUGUAACAUUUGUGUUUUUGCACACUACUAAAGCUAAUUGCUCAUCUUUCCUGGUCACGUUGAUUUGUAAGCACUGUAAAUUUGAGUUUCAUAUUAACUGACCCACAUAAUGUCAUCUGGUUUGCGUCAUUGAAAAUAUGUUGGUGGCUCAUUCAUCACACUUGUGUCUCAGUUAAAGAUUUAAUUACCUCUUUUAGUUAACAUACUAAUUGAUGCUGUCAAGCGAAAUGAUAGGCACACUAAUCUAAUUAGGUGUCUGUCCCAAAGGAGGUUCUCGUGCUGAUCAGAUGUACCAUUGCAUAAUCUACUUAUGUUUUUGCUUUCAUGUAGAGCCAAAUACAUCACUUAAAUUUGUGUGUAUAACCUGCUUGCAAAUGUUAUGUACAGAAUUUUUAACAGAAUAAAAUCACAUACCUCUCACGUCUCACAAAUAAAACAAUUCUGUGAA